CCUGCCCUGCCGCCACCUCUGCCUGUGCAACACCUGUGCCGACACCCUGCGCUACCAGGCCAGCAACUGCCCCAUCUGCCGCCUGCCCUUCCGGGCGCUGCUGCAGAUCCGAGCCAUGAGGAAGAAGCUGGGCCCCUUGUCCCCGACCAGCUUCAACCCCAUCAUCUCCUCCCAGACCUCCGACUCGGAGGAGCCCUCGUCCUCCGAGAACAUCCCGCCGGGCUAUGAAGUGGUGUCCCUUCUGGAGGCCCUCAACGGGCCCCUCACCCCGUCCCCUGCGGUCCCUCCACUCCACGUGCUGGGCGACGGCCACCUCUCAGGAAUGCUGCCCGCCUACGGCAGCGACGGCCACCUGCCCCCCGUCAGAACGCUCUCCCCGCUCGACCGCCUGCCCGACGGCAGCAGCCAAGGACUCAAGCUCAAAAGGAGUCUCUCCAAGUCCAUCUCCCAGAAUUCCUCCGUGCUGCACGAGGAGGAAGACGAGCGUUCCUGCAGCGACUCGGAGACGCGCCUCUCUCCGCGGCCGGCCGCGCAGCAGCCGGGAGAGGAAUGUGGCGUCACUCCAGACAGCGAGAAUCUCACCCUGUCGUCAUCAGGGGCCAUUGACCAGUCGUCUUGCACGGGGACGCCUCUCUCUUCCACGAUUUCCUCCCCAGAAGACCCUGCCAGCAGCAGCCUGGCCCAGUCGGUCAUGUCCAUGGUGUCCUCCCAGAGCCAGCACUCCCAGCUCAGCACCGACACGGUCUCCUCCAUGUCCGGCUCCUACAUCGCCCCCGGCACGGGCACGGGCACGGAGGACGAGGGAGAGGCGCUCCCCUCCCCGCUGCCCGCCAGCAGGGCCGCUUCCGAGGAAGGAGAGGCGAUGCCGGUGGCGUCUCCAGACAGCAACUUCGUGGGCCUCGCUGAAGAGCAGGACGCAGAGGGCAAUGACGUCAUGGAGGAAGACGAUGGGUCCCCCACACAGGAAGACGAUGUUUACGUUCAGGACAGCAGAGCAGAGACGCAUCCAGCGCGCCCGUCUAACUGCGUGGACUCCCUUACAGGCCAGAGGACGUGCGCGUUUCUAGGCAUGGAGUGUGACAAUAACAAUGACUUUGACAUCGCAAGCGUGAAAGCACUGGACAAUAAGCUGUGCUCUGAGGUCUGCUUACCGGGCACCUGGCAGGCCGAUGACAACGCGCUCAGUCGUCGGCGCCGUGGGCAUCGGCGCCGGGCCGCAGGGAUGAUUCCCCCGCAGGAGGCGUCCGCCCGGCGGCGGGAAAUCGAGGACAAGCUGAAGCAGGAGGAGGAGACGCUGUCCUUCAUCCGAGACAGCCUGGAGAAGAGCGACCAGCUCACCAGGAACAUGGUGUCCAUCCUGUCGUCCUUUGAGAGCCGCCUGAUGAAGCUGGAGAACUCCAUCAUCCCCGUGCACAAGCAGACAGAGAACCUGCAGCGGCUGCAGGAGAACGUGGAGAAGACUCUGUCCUGCCUGGACCACGUCAUCAGCUACUACCAUGUGGCCAGUGACACCGAGAAGGUCAUCAGGGAGGGCCCUACAGGGAGGCUGGACGAGUACCUGGGAAGCAUGGCCAAGAUUCAGAAGGCUGUGGAGUAUUUCCAGGACAACAGCCCAGACAGCCCAGAGCUCAACAAAGUGAAGCUGCUGUUCGAGCGGGGGAAGGAGUCCCUGGAGUCGGAGUUCCGCAGCCUGAUGACUCGGCACAGUAAGGUGGUCUCCCCUGUGCUCAUCCUGGAUCUGAUCAGUGGGGAGGAGGAGCUGGAGAUCCAGGAGGAGGUGCCCCUGGAGCACCUGCCGGAGGGCGUGCUCCUGGACGUGAUCCGCAUCUCCCGCUGGCUGGUGGAAUUCGGCCACAACCAAGAUUUCAUGAACGUCUACUACCAGAUCCGCUCCAGCCAGCUGGACCGCUCCAUCAAGGGCCUGAAGGAGCAUUUCCGGAAGAACAGUUCUGCCUCUGGGGUUCCCUACUCCCCUGCCAUCCCCAACAAGAGGAAAGACACGCCCACCAAGAAGCCCAUCAAGCGGCCAGGGACGAUCCGUAAGGCUCAGAACCUUCUGAAACAGUAUUCCCAGCAUGGUCUAGAUGGGAAAAAGGGGGGCUCUAACCUCAUUCCUCUGGAAGGUCACCAGCAUGAUUUCCGAGUUAAGCACCUGUCCGAGGCCCUGAACGACAAGCACGGGCCGCUGGCCGGGAGAGACGACAUGCUGGACGUGGAGACCGACGCCUACAUCCACUGCGUCAGCGCCUUCGUCAAGCUGGCGCAGAGCGAGUACCAGCUGCUGGUGGAGGUCAUCCCCGAGCACCAUCAGAAGAAGACCUUCGACUCCCUGAUCCAGGAUGCACUGGAGGGGCUGAUGCUCGAGGGGGAGAACAUCGUGUCCGCUGCCCGGAAGGCCAUCGUUAGACACGACUUCUCGGCAGUGCUCGCCAUCUUCCCCAUCCUGCGGCACCUCAAGCAGACCAAGCCCGAGUUCGACCAGGUGCUCCAGGGGACAGCCGCCAGCACCAAGAACAAGCUGCCCAGCCUCAUCACCUCCAUGGAGACCGUUGGUGCCAAAGCGCUGGAGGACUUCGCGGACAACAUCAAGAAUGACCCGGACAAGGAGUACAACAUGCCCAAGGACGGCACCGUGCACGAGCUCACCAGCAACGCCAUCCUUUUCCUGCAGCAGCUGCUGGACUUCCAGGAGACGGCAGGUGCCAUGCUGGCCUCCCAAGAGACCAGCUCCUCAGCCACCAGCUACAGCUCCGAGUUCAGCAGGCGCCUCCUGAGCACCUACAUCUGUAAAGUCCUGGGGAACCUGCAGCUGAACUUGCUGAGCAAGUCCAAGGUGUAUGAGGACCCAGCUCUGAGCGCCAUCUUCCUGCACAACAACUACAACUACAUCCUCAAGGCCCUGGAGAAGUCGGAGCUGAUCCAGCUGGUGGCUGUGACCCAGAAGACUGCCGAGCGCUCCUACCGGGAGCACAUCGAGCAGCAGAUCCAGACCUACCAGCGCAGCUGGUUAAAGGUGACCGACUACAUCACUGAGAAGAAUCUACCUGUGUUCCAGCCGGGAGUCAAGCUCCGGGACAAGGAGCGGCAGGUGAUCAAGGAGCGGUUUAAGGGCUUCAAUGACGGCCUGGAAGAAUUGUGCAAGAUCCAGAAGGCCUGGGCCAUCCCCGACACAGAGCAGCGGGACAAGAUCCGCCAAGCUCAGAAGCACAUCGUCAAGGAGACGUACGGGGCCUUUCUGCACAGGUACGGCAGCGUGCCCUUCACCAAGAACCCUGAGAAGUACAUCAAGUACCACGUGGAGCAGGUGGGCGACAUGAUCGACCGCCUCUUUGACACCUCCGCCUGAGCCUGCGCGCUCCCUGCCUGGCGGCACCAGGCAGCGUGGUGUUGGACACAUAAACCGUGUUAACUUGC